AUGGAUCGGGAGCAUGAGAUAAAGGAGCCAGUCUCGGAUGUGGUGGAGACUGUGGCACCUGAACCCCCGGAGGAUUCUGAUGACGAAGCUCUUCUCGAGUAUUUUUCUUACCGUGAAAAGCAGGCCAAGCUGGAGAGUGCCCGAUGGGCAGGUUACUCUGAACAUCAACCUGCAAUGCAGAUUCUGGAUCUCCUCCAAGAAUCCACAACGAUCCUCCGAAAAUACAACGUCAUUCUUCUAAUCCUGGGAUUGUGCCUAGCAGUACCGUUAUCCGCAAUCCUUCUCUCUCAUGUGCUGCUUCGGCUUCCCUUCAUGGAUCAUUGGGUCAAAACGGUGCAAUUCGCGGCGGAGCAAAGAUUCAAGCAACACUCGCAUCGAGCCGGAUAUAGAAGACUAGCGGAAAUCUUAAUGUCGAACAUGGUGGACAUUCCAUUCUCGGCAUUGUUCUCUCCUCUGCUCAAGGCAGGUGUAGCAUACGUUGUAGCCGCCACCUACAGUCGUAAGAGACUCGAACUGGAGGAGGUGGUGGACGUUUUGCAAAGGAUUUGGUUACUGCUUAUGCAAACUUUCAUGUGGACAUGCGCUGUGUUCUUGGCCUUCGCCGCUGCAUUUGCCUCACUAUUGUGGUUUGCGUCUCAUACGGGAUCCAUCUUCGGUAUGACCACUUUUAUUGUCGCAACUAUGGUUGGACUCGUUCUAGCAGCGGGACUGGCGUAUGCGAACGUGAUGUGUAAUCUUGCUUACGUGGUUACUGCUCUCGAAGGAUCUCAUGGUCGCCCAGCCCUAGUCCACAGCAUUAAUCUACUCAAGGGAAGGUUCGAGGUCGCUCUGUUGUUAUUCCUCGUCACCAACGUGAACGCCACUCUGCUGGAUGUUCUAUUUGAGUUCCACAUCAUUCGCAACACGAAUCCAUCGGCUGCCCACGACAAAUAUUGGGAAGCGCCAUUGCUCGUAUGUAUGCACUCAUUUGUGUACCUCUUCGACGCCAUUAUGGUAAGUGUCUUGUAUUACUUGUGCAAAUCAUCAGAUUCAGACAAUCGGUCAGCUCCUCAUGCUGUAGAGGAUCAAGCUAGUACUAGCGAACUUGCAGAGGAGAAAUCACCAUUAGUCGGGUGA